AUGACCACCAUCGAGGAAACAAAGGAUGUUCCACAUGCUGGAGAUCCAGAGAAAGCACCGGAAGUUCAUCCCGCCUCUGAGGGUGAGGUCGGUGUCAUUCUCAAGCAUGCUAAUCGUAACGAUGCGGAUGAGGCCCUGAAGGUUUUGGCGGGUCACGAGGGAGAGGUGAUCAUCUUGACGCCUGAAGAUGAGCGGAAGCUUCUUCGCAAGAUAGACCGAAAUCUCAUGCCUCUUCUUUGUCUGGUAUACGGUUUGAAUUAUCUCGAUAAAACAACAGUCUCAUACGCGUCGAUCAUGGGCCUCAAAGCCGACAUCCACUUGAUUGGCCAGGACUACAGUUGGGUCGCAUCUAUGUUCUACUUUGGCUACCUGUUCUUCGAAUGGCCAACGAACCGACUGUUACAGCGUCUGCCGUUAGGCAAUUUUGUUGGAGAUAUACCCAACGGAGGAAUUAGCAACUUCUUUUCACAGUUGAUUGUGUCAUUCGGAUUCACUAAUCAGCAAUCGCUCCUGCUCGGCACUCCUGGGGGAAUGGUUGAGGUCAUCGCCCUGGUAUUAUGCGGCUACUUAGGUGACAAGCUGCGCAAUAGACUUCUUGUCAGCGUAUCCGGCAUGGCAAUAGCGCUUCUCGGAAUGUUACUCAUCACCUGCCUGGACAACCAUCAUAGCGCAGGAAGACUGGUCGGGUACUAUUUCACACAAGCCUCUCCGACACCAUUCGUUGCUCUGCUUUCGCUCAUCAGCACCAACGUCGCUGGCUGGACCAAGAAGACAACCGUUGCUGCAAUGUAUCUAAUAGGAUACUGCGUAGGCAAUAUCAUUGGGCCGCAGGUAUUCCAGAAUAAAGACGCGCCACAGUAUCGUCCGGCUGAGAUAACAAUCUGCGUUUGUUACUUCCUCUGCAUACUGGACGUUUUGUUCAUUUACGCUUGGUGCAAGAGAGAGAAUCGAAGAAAGGAAAAGAUUAGAGCGCAGCCAGGAUACACAAAGAUCGAGGGUCAAGAGUUUUAUGAUCUGACGGAUCGGGAAAACCCCGAAUUCGUGUACAGCCUCUGA